AUGUUCGGACUUAAGACCGUCGUUGCCCUCAUUGGCCUCGCUUCCAUCGUCGCCGCUGCCCCGGCCGAGGACAACCGCGUCCACGUCAAGCGCCAGGGUGAUGACAUCAAGAACUGCUACUGCGGCAGGGACACCGGCUCCGCGCUUGUCAGCGACCCCGACACCACCAAGGCUGCCUGUGCCGACUACGGCUCAUACGCCGGCCCCUACCCCACCAGGUGCCAGAUCAUCAUCGACAUCAACGAGCCUCUGUACAUUGACAAGUGCAAGGCUCUCGGCCAGCCCACUGGCUGGUGCGAGAAAUAA